AUGCUGUUUAACACCGAACAGCUAGAUACAAAGUUGGAUGGCUUGACACUUGGGGAUAGCUAUAAACAAGAAAAAUUUAGUGAGAAUAAUAGGAGUAAUUCUGAAAAUAUACCAAAUGUAGCACAAGGUACAGAUCUAACCAUACCGGGGAAAAUAAGCUAUAUUGAUAAGCCUAAGACGUCGUUGUUAUCCUCGUCGCUUGCCAAAGAUUUUCCCCAUGCACAUGCAAAUGCGUUAAGUCCAACAGUUGGUGAGAGAGAUGUCAAUUUGUAUAUGAAUAUGGAUGAUCGUAUGGAUACGGAGACGAAUUUGACUGACGACCACCCAGAACCUAUAAUAUUGGCCAGUUCUGUUGGAAAGGAGAUAGAUGGGCGUUUGAUUCCAUCAUCGUCAACAAUAUCGUUGUUAUCGUUAAAUGGGCAAAAUAGCGGCCAAGGAGGUUGUUAUGACACAACUGAGGUCGAUGGAAAUGGAGGGAGUUCUGGUUACGGUACCAUGACGUCGCCGAAGAAUUCGAAUAAUCAUUUUGCUGGCAACUAUAAUUAUUCACACAUAACAUCAAAUACUACACCUCAAACUGCAUUUAUGGACCGCAAACUGGGACAUAACAAUAUAACAAGUAGAAACUCAUUGACGCAUUUAAACCAAAUAAGGUUACAGCCAUAUCAAAGGUUCAGUUCACCCUCAUCUCAACAACCAUUCAUACAACAAGAAACCACAUCAAGCACCACUUGUCAAAGCAUUCCGAUAGAAAAUAAGUCAUCGAUUAUAGUUCCAGACUCACCAAGCUUGGACCCAACUUCAGUAGGAGGAUCCCCAUCUGGCUUGUGGCUAUCGAGCCAAACACCCUCAAAACCAUCAACGGGUUCUUUCAAGAACAAUUCACGCAGUGAACUAUUUCACAUGAUGCAAUCUCAACAACAAAAGCAAAAUUAUGAUUCCAUGCAACCAGCAGAGCCAAUUCAUUCCAUUCAGCCUACGCUGCAGUCUACAAAUCAAUUGAUCUAUAACGCAAAUGCUUCGAAUAAUUAUACCACCACUUCGACAAUUAGCUAUUUGAAAAUAGAUGGCAGCACAUCACCGAUACUACAUCCAGUGCAAACCCCAUCUGAAGAUCCACCAAUGACUCCUCUAUAUUUAAAUUCGAAUUCCCUUAGUCAGAAUGACGUUGGAUAUUUUGGAAAUUUAGCGGAAUAA